CAAAGCUUUUACACUUCGGUAUAAAUAUUCCGAGACCGGCUGAAUUGGGUAUCAGUCUCACAAACGACAGUCAACCAAUAGGUCAUAAAGUAAGUGGUCCAGGUCCAGGUCCAGUUCAGCAAAGCAGGAAAUCCAACAUGUUCAAGGUCAUCGCACUGGUUGCCUGUUUGGUGUUGGCCGUUGUGGCCUAUGAAGAUUACCACGCACAUCCGAAGUACAAAUACGAGUAUGGUGUAAAGGAUGCUCACACCGGAGACAACAAGGAAGCCUGGGAACAUCGGGAUGGGGAUGCCGUCGAAGGAUCCUACUCGCUGUACGACGCUGAUGGAACUCACCGAGUUGUCAAGUACAAAUCUGACAAAGUCGUCGGAUUCCAGGCCCAUGUGCAACGAUCGGGUCACGCACAGCAUCCAGCCAUCUACGGAGAUCAUCACGGGGAACACGGAAAAGGUGGCGAAAGUUACUCGAACAUCGAACAACAUCACUAGCCUAAAGCAUAGCUCAUCACAAGAUUUUUAAACUUACUUGUUAGAGAAUGAUCAGGAUGAAUGUUUGUUACAAUGGAUAAAAAAUAAGAGCGGUGCGGGGGUGUAAGUUCUCUAAGAGUAACGAGCCACCCCCACUUUCAGUUGACUGUGCAAUAAAAAGACUUUUUAGAGACUAAUAUCAACAAUAAACAACAACAACAAAUCACGA